GCUCUACGAUUAAACUUCUGAUCAAAGAUAUCUCUACUGGGAGAUAACAUGCAACUGCAGGUAACAUGGUUAUUGCCGAUGUCUUACUCUGACAAGGCACUAAGAAAAGUCAAAGAGAGACAAACUUUACACUCCUGCCUCUCUAAGGCCCAAAUAAAUCAAACUAUCAGGAGCAUGUGCCUCACCUUGAAGUAAGUGAAGCAUCCCAAUGUCUUCUUCCUUCAUCCCUAAGCAAUUGAACUUUUUCUUUCCAGGAUCCAAGCAACUGAAAAGAAGGUGCAGUUUCUUCAUACUUGUGCCACAACAGUUGUCCCAUUCUGCAAUAAACAGAGCAGGACUGGAGAUCCAAAAAGGAUGUUAAUAAGAGGGUGGAUACAGGUAGGACAUGUAUGCAGGUAAGCACAGAUCAAGAAGCUACACAAUGAGCAACAAAAAGAGGCUCCCCUACUUGCUGCUGUUGCUGUUGGCCAUCGGCGCUGCCAUGCUGAGCGUUGGCAUCCUGCACAAGAUGAAGGAGCGGCGCGUCUUCUCCAUCCUCCUCCAGGAACGUGAACAGCAGCUCAUUUCCCUCCAAGUCCUCCUGGAGAAAGAAAAGGAAAUUAGUAAAGAGAUGAGGAGAAAAGUGGAUGAACUGGAAGCUAAAACGUCUAUCCUGAGUAUUGAGAGAACAGAACUGAAAAACAAGGUCAUGAAUUCAGAAACCACCACCACAUAUCUUACCAACACCCAGAAAGAAUUGGAGGCAGCACUUGUGGAGAAAGAGAGUCAUAUCAACCAAAUGAAAGAGAUUGCAGCUGCUUCAGGCCCUGACCAGAUGGCAGCUAUAAAGGAACUCCUGCAACAAAAAGAGGCCGAGCUUGAAGAGAUCAAGACCAAGUUCCAGGACUACAAGAAACCAGACACAGAAGUCAGGGACAACAUUGUGUUAAGCCCAAGCAAUGAAAAUACAAUUUCUGAUACUGUAGCAGUUAAGGAUUCUGCCAGCUCUGAUACUACCACACCUGCUCCAACAGAAGAACUUCAUUCUGACAACACCAGUACUACAUCAAAGAGCAACCAACAAGAUGAUAGAACUUUAACGGGCACAAACAAGGAAGAGGUAACUCCUGACACUAUGAUACAAGAGGAAAAAGUCAUCUCCAGUGAUUCCAUACCUGCUACAGCAGAAGAAGUGCAUUCCUACAGCACCACUGCAUUGGAGAGCAACCACCAAGAUGAGAAAAUUGUAGCGGGCACAAAUAACGAAGAUGUAACUCCUGACACCGUGAUGCUCAAGGAAAAAGAAAACUCCGGUGUUUCCGUACCUGCUCCAGCAGAAGAACUGCAGUCCCACAACACCAUUACAUCCGCGAGCAACCACCAAGAAGAUAGUUCCUCAGAAGAACAGUUUAUCAAGUUCACAACUAAUUUCGAAGAUGAUGGGGCACAACAGAAAACAGGUGGUGGCAGUCAAAAUCCAGAUGAUACUUCAGAGGGAAAUCACUCUGAGACAUCUGAACUUCAUCAAUCGGCAGGCAGUCAAGAAGUCAGCAAAGAAGAAAUAGAUGGCAAGAGACAAUUAGAAGACUCUCAAGGCGAUGCCACCUACCGCAGCAGAGAGAGUAAGCUGCUUGAGAAGGAAGAAGACAAAGAAGAUGUUAGAGAGACAGAAAAGGAAAUCAACCCUGACAGUGGGUUGAAGACCUCAAAAGAUAGCUUGAGUGAAGCCAACCAAGAGAUAGUGCAAGCUGUGGAACCUGUGGCACGUCCUGCAGAUGUAAACCCCAGUGUGUCCACAAAUAAUGAUGAUACAAAAGAAACAACUAAGAGGCAUAGGAGGAGGAGGUCCAGAUCCAAAAGGAGGAAGAGGACCGAUGUUGCUGCCAAUAAUCUUGAUGGAGAUGCCACAGCAAACCCAUAAAUGAACUGUUUGGAAAAAUCACUGCAACACAAUUGUGGAAGGAACAGAAAGGAAAAAUUGCAAAGGCAUUUUAUAAGUGGCAGAACCUAGAUCAUUAUGAUAUGCUGAAUAGCUCUGAAGAGAAAAAUGGGAAAAUAAUAGCGAUACGGCUAUAGUUAUCAGUUUGUAGCUGAUGGAAGCAUAAAUAAUAUUUCUUUUCUGAACAUUGAAAGUGGAUCCUUCUGUGAUCCUAAUAGUACACCAUGUUACACUUUACUCCUGUUAAUAUUUACCUGCAUGGUAGCUGUGGCUAGAAAGUCCUUUCAAUACUAAAUUUCUCUGUAAAAGGUUUAACAUAAAUAUAUCAUGUAUGAUUACUGCAA